AUGCUUGUUCUUCUCACCGUAGUCCUUGCCUUCAUGAUGCCUGCGUCAGGCCAGCCCCCUACGAAGGAAGAAUGCGCUAAACAUGGGCCUAACACUACGUGCCACCGGAACAUCGCCUUCGUGUGCGGCUCGGAUGGCCAAAGCUACGACAACCACUGCGAAUUUCUAAUUGCUGCAUGCGCCUCCAACUCCCACCUGUCCUUACAUGCCCGUGGGCACUGCGACGACAUACGCCCGACGACGGAUGAAUGCGAUCGUAUCGGACCUCUAUGUCCCCGCAUUUACAUCCCCGUGUGCGGCUCGGAUGGACGAAACCACGGCAACUCCUGCGAAUUUCAAAUCCGUCAAUGUAAAGAUCCCACCCUGAGAUAUCGAGGCAAUGGGGAGUGCGAAGUCAAACGCCCGACGAAGGAUGAAUGCAAUCGUGGUCGUCAUUUAAAAGGGUUGCAUUAG